UCAAUAACGACUUCACACCUCGGAAAUCAAUUAGGCUCGGAUGUUAAUAUUAUGCCGAGAUGCGGCACUGUCAUUAAAUAUAUCCUUUGGUAGAUUGACAAAACGUCCAAACUAAUUUGACAGACACCAUCUGCUAGUAGCGCUUACCCAACAAUUGACGGACAGUGCCUUCACAUCACCGGAUUUGUCUCUCAGUCCCAGAUUAGCCUUGGCAUGGAAAGAGAUUAAGAGCACCGCUAAUCGCACUCGUUCCUUUUCUCCACUUUUGCCUGCAAACCAUAACCUCCUUCCCGGGCGACACCAGACUCUCCCACGAGUCUAGAUCCCACUGUCCACACUGUGUAUUUGUCUUACUUAAUAACCUUCUCCUUGUAGUACGAACACGUUACAAAUGGUGUGCCCCGCAAUACGGGCUGUCUAAAUCAGGUUGCGCGACUACUGUUGUGAUAUUAUUUACCAAAUGCAAUGCAAUUAAGUAGUUUUCUUCCGAAUGCUCUCUGGGCAAUUCCGUUAGUAAUGGGGAGCAGUUGUGAUGUUUAACCGAGAGGAGGGACAACAACAACAAAAAAUCAACAACGGGAUGUUUAUUUUUAGUUGCCGCUGGUCAUGCAGGCCAAUAGCAACGAAGAGCGAUUCCUGCAAAUCAUCUGAAAAGAUCCCUUCCCUUGAAACUGGGUUUUCAGAUGGAAAGCGAAUGUUUACUGAGUGCGCGCAGGAGGGGAAAGAAAUGGACACAGUCGACAUCCCGAAUAUUUGGCCGGCUUGUGGCGGCGAAGCAACAGUGUUAAAGAAGACAGCUCCAUCCUGCGGCUUUGAGUUAAAGAUAGAAUUCAGCGCGGCCGCAUCUAUUGAUAUGACCUACAAAGGGAAAAUGCGCACCGUCCAGUGCCAGAGCAGUUAUACUUAGGAUUUGUUUGAAACACGCAUCACGUAGUUAGAAGACCAGCGGGCGGAGGUUUGCUAUAUUUUAAUUGAAUUUACUGCCAGGUCUACACUGCGGGGAGACGCGAGUUGAAAUCUUUGAAUGUGGACGGAUGUCUCCGCGCCUGCUCGUUCGAAGCGGAAUAUAUUUUUAGUUUCAAGCCGGGCUUUGGUUUUAUUCCUUGUUUUUGUUUAUUCGCACACACUUUUCGUGUGUGAGGGUGUGAGAAGUCCACGCCGGGUGCCGGCCGGCAGCAGCCGCUGUUCUUUCACAUCAGUUGCACAUCAGAUUGUUGGGAGACGGAGCUCAGGGUUCGCCUCCUGAGCUGCUUUGGUGCCCAGGCGUGAGUUGAGGUGGAGGGAGGUUGGGGUGGGGAGGGGGGGGGGGAUGCGCAGGCGUCAUUAAUCAGUCUGGGGUGACAAGGCUCUUGGGUUAGGCUGGGAUCAUUCUCUGCUCUCAUCUCUCUCUUUCUGUGUGUGCAUUAGCAGGGGGAAGAGCGGUCUACCUCGCCGGGGCACAAGACCUCUGCCACCUGCCCCUUGCAGCCAUCAACUUGUUUGUUCCUUCGGUGCGCCUCAUCUGCCCUGCUCCCAUCCCAGUCCUGCCCCAGCUCUGUGCCCCAUUUUCUUGGAAAUUUCGCUUCCGCCGCUGUAACGAGUAGGUGUCCUGCUGGCUGGCUUGGUGGGUGGGUGGGUGGGUAGGGAGGGGGAGUGAGUACAAACCACCGAAUCCAUUCUCAAAAGUCGGGCAGAGCCGCGGGCUGGCAGACCGCCCGGCAGGGAACCCCGAGGGCGUAUAAGGGGCUUUUUUUUUGUUGUUGCUCCCCCUACGUUUAAUUCUUACUUGGAUGGCAAUGCCAUGGAGGAAGUACCGCUUCGUAAAGUCAAGACCAGGAGGAAGAAGUGUCCGUGUGGCCCGGGGAUACCUCUGGACCCCGCGGGCUGCGAGGACGAGUUCGAUUGCAAGGAGCUGGAGUUGCUCUUCCAGAAUUACAACCUGAAGCUGGAGCAGACGGCCACCCUGAAAGCGCUGGCCGUGCUCAUCAUCAUGACGGCCACGCUGGCCAUGGUAGAGUUAAUGUCCGGACCCAGCCUCACCAUCUCCAAGGGCUCGCACCCGGUGCACUGCAUCAUCUUCGUGUCGCUCUUCAUCGUGACCAACGUGAAGUAUCUACAGGUCACCCAGCUGCAGCAGAUCGUCAAGCUCACUCUGCUCUUUGCCUUCACCUUCUCAUUCCUCUGCUGCCCCUUCUCCCUGGGAGCCUACGGCUUGGAGCCACCCACCUCCUCCGAGCACGGCAUGUGGCAGCUCAUGUUGGUCACUUUCGUCGCCUACUCGCUGAUGCCAGUACGGACCUUACUGGCCAUCGUCUUCGGGCUGGUGGUGGCCGUGUCCCACAUCAUAGUCACCGCCACCUCGGUCACUUCCAGGAGGCAGCGGCUCUGGCGCACGCUUGUGGCCAAUGCUGUUCUGUUUGCCAGCGUGAAUAUGUCCGGGGUGUUUGUCAGGAUCCUGACGGAGAGAGCCCAGAGGAAAGCCUUCCUGCAAGCGAGGAACUGCAUCGAGGAACGCCUCCGUCUGGAGGAUGAAAAUGAAAAACAGGAACGACUUCUAAUGAGCCUGUUGCCCAGAAAUGUAGCAAUGGAAAUGAAGGAAGAUUUCCUAAAACCUCCAGAAAGGAUAUUUCAUAAAAUAUACAUCCAAAGACACGACAAUGUCAGCAUCCUGUUUGCAGAUAUUGUGGGUUUCACAUGUUUGGCAUCGCAAUGCACCGCACAAGAAUUAGUAAAGCUUUUAAAUGAACUCUUUGGCAAGUUUGACGAGCUGGCCACGGAGAACCACUGUAGAAGAAUUAAAAUCCUUGGAGAUUGUUAUUAUUGUGUAUCAGGCUUAACUCAACCGAAAACAGACCAUGCUCAUUGCUGUGUUGAAAUGGGAUUAGACAUGAUUGACACAAUCACGUCUGUGGCCGAAGCCACUGAAGUUGAUCUCAAUAUGCGUGUGGGUCUGCACACUGGAAGAGUGCUGUGUGGAGUCCUUGGUCUCCGCAAGUGGCAGUAUGACGUGUGGUCCAAUGACGUCACCUUGGCAAAUGUAAUGGAAACAGGUGGUCUUCCUGGAAAGGUUCAUAUAACAAAGACCACCUUGGAAUGCCUGAAUGGAGAUUAUGAAGUUGAAGCAGGAUAUGGGCAUGAGAGAAACAGUUUCCUUAAAAAGCAUAACAUUGAAACCUUCUUCAUCGUGCCCUCUCAUCGAAAGAAAAUUUUUCCAGGGUUGAUCCUUUCAGACAUAAAGCCAGCAAAGAGAAUGAAAUUUAAAACAGUGUGCUACUUAUUGGUUCAACUCAUGCACUGUCGAAAGAUGUUCAAAGCUGAAAUCCCCUUUUCUAAUGUGAUGACAUGUGAAGAUGAUGACAAGAGAAGAGCACUGAGAACAGCAUCUGAAAAAGUCAGGAAUCGAUCAUCAUUUUCUACAAAUGUUAUACAUAACACUCCGGGAUCACGAGUGAAUCGAUACAUCAGCCGCUUGAUUGAAGCUCGACAAACCGAGUCUGAAAUGGCAGAUUUACAUUUUGUUACUUUAACAUACAAACAAGCUGAAAGGGAGAAAAAAUAUCAUCAGCUUCAUGAUGAAUAUUUUACCAGUGCAGUCAUCCUCUCUUUGAUACUUGCUGCCUUAUUUGGACUUCUGUAUCUUCUCAUAAUACCACAGAGCACAGUCGUCCUUGUUCUCCUGGUAUUCUGCAUUUGCUUCCUAGUUGCAUGUAUCUUGUAUCUCCAUGUCACACGAGUGCAGUGUUUUCCAGGAUGCUUGACAAUACAAAUUCGAACCAUUAUCUUCAUCUUCAUAGUCGUAUUGACUUAUGCUGUAGCCCAGGGAUGUGUGGUUGGCUGCAUGCCUUGGGUAUGGACCACCAACUCCAGCACCUCCAUCAUUAUUAUUGCUCCUGAUGGACUCAAUAAAACAAUGACUGAGUUGCCUUGUGACGCAGCUCAUUAUGCUUUUCUUGCUUGUGUUGUCGGAACGCUAAGUCUUGCAGUAUUCCUCCGUGUCUCUUCAUUACCAAAGAUGAUCCUCCUGCUCAUCGUCACUGUUUUGUAUAUAGUAGUUUUUGAGAUUAGUGGAUACAGAAGAGCAAUGGGACGCGGAGCGAUUUAUAUAAGAGGAUUUGAAUCCAUUUUAGCAAUCCUGCUUUUCGCUUGUGCUCUUGGACUUCAUUCCAGACAGUUAGACCUAAAGCUGAGAUUAGACUACCUCUGGGCAGCGCAGGCUGAAGAAGAGAGAGAUGACAUGGAACGAGUAAAGCUCGAUAACAAACGGAUUCUCUUUAAUUUAUUGCCAGCACAUGUCGCACAACAUUUUCUAUUGUCUAAUCCACGGAAUAUGGACCUCUACUACCAGUCAUAUUCUCAAGUGGGUGUGAUGUUUGCCUCAAUUCCCAAUUUUAAUGACUUUUAUAUUGAACUAGAUGGUAAUAACAUGGGAGUUGAAUGUUUGCGCCUCCUGAAUGAAAUAAUAGCUGAUUUUGAUGAGCUAAUGGACAAAGACUGCUACAAGGACAUAGAGAAAAUCAAAACGAUUGGCAGCACUUACAUGGGAGCGGUUGGACUUGUACCUACAACUGGGACCAAGGCAAAACGAUCAAUUUUUGCACAUCUGAGUACUCUGGCAGAAUUUGCAAUAGAAAUGUUUGAUGUUCUGGAUGAAAUCAAUUACCAGUCAUACAAUGACUUUGUCUUGAGAGUUGGAAUAAAUGUUGGGCCUGUUGUGGCGGGUGUGAUUGGAGCAAGAAGACCACAGUACGAUAUAUGGGGAAACACUGUUAAUGUUGCCAGCAGAAUGGAUAGCACUGGAGUUCAAGGCAAAAUACAAGUAACAGAAGAUGUCCACCGAAUACUCAAUAAGGGUAAUUUUGAGUUUAUCUGUCGCGGCAAAGUCAGUGUGAAAGGAAAAGGAGAAAUGCUGACAUACUUCCUUGAAGGGAAACCGAAUACUAAUCCACAAGCAAGCUCAACAAACAUAGGGAGAAAAGCAUUCUCAUGUGGAAGGGCAAAACUGGGGACCAGCUGCCCUUCCGUGUCGUCAGUGGCCAGCUUCACAGUAAAGGCAGGACUUGGGGCACUUCAGACGGCUACGAUGCAAACAACUCAGCCUGUGCAUUGUGCUCCACCCAUACCUGUUGUUGAACAAGCAUAGCAAAUGUUGGCACAAAACCGAAGUCCGCAACGCGAGCUGUCCAAAGGGAGAAGAUCAGUUAAUGAUCAUGCAAGAAGAUUCCGACGUUUGGAAGUCAGGCACAGAGGAGCGGAAUGUUCUCCUGGAACGGGCACCAGAAUUAUAUGGGUCACAAACCACAGGAAUUAUUGCGAUUAAAACCAAAGACUGAAACUUUGGGUCUUGUGAGAAACAUUGCUUGGAAUGGAUGGCAAAUUAAGGGCUAACUAUUUGUUAGAAUCAGCAAAGAACUACAUUUUGGACAUAGUAAAUUAUCUUUUUAAGUAAAAUAAAGAAUCUUAGAAGGCUUAAUAAAUUAUAACUAGAAUUUGUAUGUUAUAGCAUUUCUCUGCAUGUUUUCUAAAUGUGCACAAACAUUUUACCAGAUGACAUUAAGUUAUAAAAUAAUUACUUUUUACUUCGGCUGCCAAUAGAUGUGUCCACACAUUAUCAGAAUAUCCAUUUAAUAUUGCUUUAUUUAUUUUCUGUUUCCUUUGUUUAACAUUUUCAAUGCCUGCCUUUUUCAAACCGUUCUCUGCAAGAUUUUAUGGUACGUAAUCUCUGUAAAUAAUUUAUUGAUUAUACAGUAUGGAUUGUGUAUGAUAUUUUUUAAAAAGCACAUGUCAAGUGAAUAUUUAAUUAACUUUUAUAACAAAGUUUUAUUUAUGUAAGCAUGACUGUUAAUGUGCUUUAAAAACCGGGAUUCUUCUUUUGUUGACAUCCACAACAUAUGUUCAAACCUAUUAAAUAUCAAAGGUACAGAACUCCCAAUGAUUAUAGAUAAUCUUUGCCAGAAGGUUACAGGAGCACUGACUAAAUAGUGAAAGUCUUUUUCUAGCAUUGUGUCCCUGUAACUAUUACUCAGUAGCAAUAAACUUGAGCUUUAAGAAUAUGUAUUGAGUAUUCCGUAGAGAGAAAGGAAUGUUAUUAAGUUCAUUCUGCACUAUCAACUGAUAUUUUCACAAUCUAAUCAGUGUAGGCAUCAUAUAACAAAGACAGCAAUCUGCAGGUGGGAGAAGCAGAUUGGGAAUUGUUAACUUUUAUCAAGCAUUGUGGCCUCUGUACUUAAGUCAAAUAUUUUACAAACCAUUAAUUUUAUGCUAUGUCACACAACUAAAACCAUUGCUACGAGUUUCAUUUUUUAAGAACUGCAACUAGCUUGCUGAUUUUCCAUAUUUAAAUACGGGUCUUUUUAUGUGCAUAUUGAAUAUUGUAAAAUAUCUUUCAGUCUCUUUUGGAACUGUAAGGAUUAGCUAAAGAAUCUGAUAUUUGUCCGACCUUUUAUGUUAAAAGUGGAUAAUAUUCAUUGAAAUGUUAAAUGUGAAUGUAAAUUUCUAAUUAUAACUUUUUAUACUGAGUGUUUGCACUAUUAUAAUUUCCUUUGGGUCGAAUGAAAAAGUUAAAAAAAAAUUAAAAAACUUCUUUCCCAUGUGUGAGCAUUUGUAAGAUGUACUGUGGUGUCUUCAAUUAAGCUUGCAAUGCAAAAGGAUUUAUAGGAAGAUUUAAUUCACUUUUGCUUCAAAAUUUGAAUUAUUUGGAAAAUCAACAUUUUUUUUCCCCCAGCUUCGUUUAGAGAUACAGGUCCUUCAAUCUAUCGAGUCCAUGCCGAUCAGCAAUCCCUGCGCACCAACAUUACCCUACACACACCAGGGACAAUUUUUACAUUUAUACUUGGCCAAUUUACUUACAAACCUGUAUGUCUGCAAAGUUAUGAUAUAUGGCUUGGCCAGAGUUCCUAUGAUGAAUUCACAGUGUGGAAAACAACAUACUUAGUGCCCAUCGUAAUACCUAGGACAUAGUAAAGUGCAACACUGGAACCAGCCCUUCAACGUGCAAUGUCUGUGCUGAUCAUAAUGCCAGAUAAACUAAUCUCAUCUGCUUACAUAUCCAUAUCUCUCUGUUCCCAGCAGCUCCAUGCCUCUUAAAUGCCACUACCGUAUCUUUCUCCAUACUACCCCUGGCAGCAUGUGCCAGGUAUCCACCAUCCUGUGUGAAAGACUUGCUCCACAUAUCUCCUUUAAACUUUGCCCCAGUUAUCUUAAAUCUAUGCCCUCCUGUCUUUGAAAUUUCCACCCUGGGAGAAAGAUUUUGACUGCCUACCCUAUCUACGGUUCUCAUAGUUGUGUAUAUUUCAAUCGGGUUUCCCCUCAGCCUCUGGUGUUUCAAAGAAAACAAUCCUAAUUUAUCUUCUAGUGCUAUCACGUAUGACAGGCAUUAUUAACAAGUGUUGUCACUGUAGAUGGAGGAUCCGUUGUAUAGGUCUUUAACAAACAAUUGUGGAAUUUUGACAGAAAACUUCAAACCUCUUUGCACCAAUCUAUGUAAAACACGCUCGCAGUUGUUUGAAAAGUGACACCGCUUCUACAAUUAAAUAUUGUGGAGCGAGACAUUUGUCUCAGUAACACCCAAACUUUAUGAGAACUGUUUUCAGAUCAAAAGAAUGUGUUUAGCCCAUGUACAUGUUUUUGUUGUCC